AUGGGUAGAUGUAUUUACGGCGGAUUGUACGACCCAAAUAACCGCAACGGACUGGCGGACUCCCGCGGCUUCCGCACUGAUGUGAUCGAGUGCUUCAAAGAGCUCAGGGUCCCUGUUGUCCGUUACCCUGGUGGCAACUUUGUGGCUUCAUACCGCUGGCAGGACGGUAUCGGGCCAAAGGCGGAACGCCCGUCGCGACCCGAGCUUGCGUGGCAUGGCGUGGAGUCAAACCAGUUCGGCACAGACGAGUUCAUGGAGUGGUGCACGCAUGUGGGCGCUGAGCCCUAUCUCUGCCUCAAUAUGGGCACAGGCACUCUUGAGGACGCGCUGGCCUGGUUGGAGUAUUGCAACAGCGACCAAAACACAUACUGGGCGAACCUGCGGCGAAUGAAUGGCCACGAGAAGUCCUACAACGUCAGAUAUUGGGCUUUGGGGAAUGAGAUGUGGGGACCGUGGCAAGUUGAGCAACAUACGAAGGAGGAUUACGCAAAGAAGGCAUUUCAAUGGGCAAAGGCCCUAAAACUUCUCGACCCUUCGAUUCAGCUUAUUCUGUGUGGCAAUGAUGGGUAUUCGGAUUGGGAUCGUUAUGUGAUUCAAAAGUGUCUUCGCUUUACCGACAUGCAUUCUAUCCACUACUACUCACAAGGCCGAAGCCCGUACGCUGCUGAAAGAGCCAUUCAGAUCACAUCAUCCUUGAUCGACCUUGCUCGGUGCGAGCUCGACCUGUCCCCCUACCCUGAUUGGUCCAGAAUUCAUUCAGCGCCGCGAUCAAAGAAGCGUCCUACCAUCUGUUUCGACGAAUGGAACGUGUGGGACUCGAAAAGGGCUCCUGGGAGAGACGGUGCGGAGGAAUGCUACACUCUAUCUGAUGCAUUGGCUGUCGCCAUCUGGCUGAACAUCUUCGUUCGCAACAGCAAGGACCUCGGGAUGUGCACCCUCGCCCAGAGCGUAAAUGUCAUCUCGCCGUUGAUGACCUCUCCCACCGGCAUCUGCAAGCAGACUACUUACUGGCCACUUCUGCUGUUCGCCAAGUACAUGCAGGGAAAAGCCAUUGCCGUCAAUGUGAAGGCGAAAGCGUACACAGGGCCGACGACCCCCGAAUGGGUCGAAAGCACGUGCAUCGUGCCGAUGCUGGACGUCAGUGCUGCUCGUGACGGCGAGUGGAUCAAUCUGGCCGUGGUGAACUCAGAUAAGGAAAAGAGCUUCGACACGGAGCUGACAGGGGUAGACCCAGCGGGCGAAGUCAACGUCUACAUGGUUGGAGGAGAACAGUCGGCUUUGACAGACGUGAACAUGGAGGGAUCAGAGAAGGUCAAGAUCAGAGAAUCGAAGUGGAGUGCAGAUAAGAAGUUCGUGUUUGAGAAACACAGUUUUACUUUACUGCGGUGGAGAGUCAAGUCAUAG